UGUUCGCGUACCCUCCGCAGUAGGGCAGAGAGACUCCUCCCUCCCCUCCAUCCCCAGGGCUGCGUUCCCAACAAAUCGGGUUUCAGCUGUUGAACUCGGUUUAGGGCUUAGGCUUUAAUUUCCGGCAUGGCAGUAGACUGGCUCGGCUUUGGCUACGCCGCUCUGGUGGCAUCAGGAGGGGUCAUUGGCUAUGCAAAAGCAGGUAGUGUUCCGUCACUAGCUGCUGGCCUUUUGUUUGGGAGUUUGGCUGGACUGGGUGCCUAUCAGCUCUCACAGAACCCCAGUAAUGUUUGGAUUUCUCUUAUUACAUCUGGAACACUGACUGCCGUCAUGGGAACAAGAUUUUACAACUCUGGAAAAUUCAUGCCUGCAGGCCUAAUUGCUGGUGUCAGUUUGCUAAUGGUUGGAAGAUUAGCACUGAAGAUGGUGGAAAAGACCCAUGACAAGUAACUGUCCAUUUUAAAGUUUAGUAUCUGAAUAAAGAAAUCUGAUACUGAAGUUGCAUGAAUACAGAAGCAAGAAGAUGGAACAAUUUUCUCUAUCAAGACAAUUUUUGUCUUUUUUUAUAUAAGGGGAGAGCAGGAUGAUGGGACAGAUAAUUUACAUACAAGGUGCUAUUUGUUUCAACGAUCUGGUAGAGCUGUUAUUAUGUAGUGAGAAACUGGUUCUGGGUUUGAGCUUUCCAGAUAUGUUUCAGUGUAUUUUAACACUCCCAGGUUUUGUAUUCCAAAAGAUGCUGUAUGUAGUAUAGAGGACCUGUAAUUAAGAAAGUAUCCACAAAGAAGCACCAGGACUUAGUGGCUAAAUCCAGCAGUGUAUCUUACACCUUUCAUACGAAGUAUUACAGUCUGGUUUACCUGUUGCAUUAUGAACUGAUACACCAUGUCUGUGUAACACCAGAUUUUCCCUUUUUAUUGUCAAAUGAUGGUACAAUGUUGUUUUUCUACAAGUAAAAUAUCUUACAAAUCUUUA